AGGGAGAUCUGAUCUACACUCCUUACAGGCUGCACUGAUGGAGGCACUUCUGAAAGAGCUCCUUUCAGUUUCAAAACUUCUGAAUGAGCUUAAAGAGAUGUAUAAUUAUGAAAGCCGCUUAAGAACCUUCACUAACUGGCCUUUUGUGAAGAACUGCAAGUGCACUCCAGAAAAUAUGGCAAAGGCAGGCUUUAUCCACUGCCGGAGUGCAAAUGAACCAGAUGUGGCAAAAUGUUUCUUUUGCUUGAUAGAACUGGAAGGCUGGGAGCCUAACGAUGACCCACGGGAGGAACAUGCCAAACGUUGUAGCUGUGGAUUUUUAUCUCUUACUAAGCGGUUUGAUGAUCUGACAAUGGAGGAGUACUACAUGCUGGAGAUGAUGCGGCUAAGAAUCUUCCUUUGCAAAACCGGCAGAAGCAUAAUAAACGCCUUUGAAGAAGAAGUUGCCGCAACUAGAAAGCGCCUCAUAGACAAGUUUGUCUCCAAACAUCGAUAUACGCCACAGCCCCUGAUGCCCAUCCGAGCUGGUCCAACUUGCCAACUUUCUGAAAGCUCAUACGAUGAGUCCAGAAGUUAAAUAUGACUCUGACAUUUUUUUCUCUUUAUACAAUAAAAAUAUUUUUAUUCCUGUGGAAAUAUUAAUAUUAAGCUGAACAGUAGUUUAUGGAAGCGUGGAGAAUUUCUUAAUAGGCUUUCUAGAGCAGAAGUAGUAACUGAUUUAUUUCUCUCUUUCGCAAAAUGCUUUGUCAUGGCUAGGCAUGGGCUAAUACUAGUCCCGAUAACCUGUGAAUAUAUGAUAAAUACGUAAGCAAAUACUUUUAUUUUGCUUUUUGUAGGCUGACUUUUGAAUAAAGAUGACUAAUGGCGAGUACCUGUUGCCAUCUAUGCCUUAUUCAAGCCUUUGAGCCAGACACUCGCAACGGUCCUGAAUCAAAAUACUUUCCGUAGAACAAGAUGGAUCUGGGUGUCUGCAGUAAUUACUACUUAACAGUCUACGCUACUGUCAAAUUAUCUUCCUACACCAGUCUAAUUUACCUUAGAUAGCGACGUGAAAAACUUAUGCAAGCCAAGCUGUCAGACGUAAUAAAAAGGGAAAGUCACUAGGCUUGUAAGACUACCUUGAGCUGUAAAUGCUCAGGAGAUUUUGGUGUACGCAGUGAAAUGUAAGAAAAGCUUAAAGCCUAUCCUUCUACGUUAAGAAGCCUGCUUGUUAUGCUUUUCAUUUUCUAGGAGGAGACAUGGCUGGUCUAGACUAACCAAAGGUAUAUUCCGUGCCCUAUUGUUACGUAUGUAAAAGGUAUGUAAAAGCUUGGGUAAAGAAGUAGGAGAGGGUACUUUUGGAAUGACAGCGUUUAUCUUACCGUGACUUUUACCUGGUGAACAGACUACCCCAGCAUGAACUUUCACAGUCUUACCACUUCUGCUUCUCUCCCCCAUCUCGCUGUGAGUACUGAGCAAGCACCCAUGUAGCGCUUAGCUGCCUCCUGGGGUUAAACUGCAGCAGCUCGGUUGAAAUGCAUACUUGGAA